AUGACCCGGAAGUGUACAGACGUGACCGGCAUUGUAGCGCUUUCCUUUCCGGUUACGUCUCAGCUCUGGUAGGAGCGUGGAUUUCAUCUUCUAGGCUCAAAAUACACCAAAACAUGAGCGUUCCGGCAUUCAUUGAUAUAACCGAAGAAGACCAGGCUUCAGAGCUGAGGGCCUAUAUCAAGGCCAAAGGAGCUGAUAUUUCAGAGGAGAACUCUGAAGGUGGACUUCACGUUGAUCUUGCUCAGAUCAUCGAGGCGUGUGACGUCUGCCUCAAAGAUGAUGAUAAAGAUGUUGAGAGCGCAAUGAACAGCAUCGUGUCUUUGCUGUUGAUACUGGAGACAGAGAAACAGGAGGCUCUCAUCGAGAGUCUGUGUGAGAAACUGGUAAAGUUCCGUGAAGGAGAAAGGCCCUCCCUCAGGUUGCAGCUGCUGAGCAACCUGUUCCACGGCAUGGACGAGAACACUCCAGUGAGGUACACCGUCUUCUGCAGCCUCAUCAAAGUGGCCGCCGCCUGUAAUGCCAUUUCCUUCAUACCCACUGACCUGGAUCAGGUGCGUAAGUGGAUCAUUGACUGGAGCCUGAACACCGAGAAGAAGCACACACUUUUGAGGCUGGUCUAUGAAGCACUGGUUGACUGCAAAAAGAGCGAACCUGCAGCAAAAGUCAUGGUCGAGUUGUUGGGAAGUUACACAGAAGACAACGCUUCACAAGCACGUGUUGAUGCUCACAGGUGCAUCGUCCGUGCUCUCAAAGACCCCAACACCUUCCUGUUUGACCACCUGCUCACCCUGAAACCGGUUCGCUUUUUGGAAGGAGAACUCAUCCACGACCUGUUGACCAUCUUUGUCAGCGCAAAACUAGCAGCCUACGUGAAGUUCUACCAGAACAACAAAGACUUCAUCGAUUCUCUCGGCCUCUCUCAUGAGCAGAACAUGGCCAAGAUGCGUCUGCUGACGUUCAUGGGCAUGGCGGUGGAGUUCAAGGAGAUCUCCUUCGACACCAUACAGCAGGAGCUGCAGAUCGGAGCUGAAGAUGUUGAGGCCUUCGUCAUCGAUGCUGUUCGGACCAAAAUGGUGUACUGCAAAAUCGACCAGACGCAGAAAAAGGUGGUCGUGAGCCACAGCACACACCGCACCUUUGGCAAGCAGCAGUGGCAGCAGCUGUACGACAGCCUCAGCUCGUGGAAAGCUAACCUUGCUACAGUGAAGACCAGCCUGCAAACACUGUCACCUUCUGCCUGAUUUCCUCCAGAAACUGACUGAAAAACGAACCAUCUUUCUCAUUCUUUAACUGAAACUUUUAUAUUCAUCAAAUAAAAGAGCAGUGAAGAGUA